CUGAGCAUCUGCUGGCAGUACUUGGCCGGCACGUUAUCUGGAAGCAAUCUGUUCUGUGCUCAGUGCGCGCCUUCGGCUGGCUACUGCGGAAUAUCUACUAGCCACAGCUGCUAGUGAUUGCAGAAUUAACUCUACUUUUACCGGAUUUUCAAGAUUUUACAUCACGCAUACUCACUGGAAUGGAAACCCCCAGUUCUCAGGUGGUCAAGGCCCUUACUACAAUGUCGAGAGUCGCCAAGAACAAUGCCCUUUCGUACGAAAAAACUCUCGGAUCCAACGGUUUGCUAUCACAGAAGGACAUCUCCGAUCUCAGAAAAAAUAAUUCCUCACUCAACGACGACCUCGUGGUUUUGGACCGUCUUCCGUCAGUCUCACAGUAUCGACGAGAGGAAUCAUGGGCGUUCCUCACAUUUCAGACCGCACUACUUACUACCUUACCUCCAACAAGCUCCGAAGAAGAACACUUCUUCCAUUGUGAACCAUACAAUGACUCAGCCUUAUCUUCCCUUCCCGUUGAGAUUCUCAUCGAGAUCUUCCAACUCGUCGUGACCGGCAACCUCGGCUUGGCAGAGUACGACGUCCUAGACGUCAAACACAGUCCAAACUGGGUGAUCAGUCACGUCUGUCGUGCUUGGCGGUCAGUCGCUUUAUCAAUGCCGAGUCUCUGGACAUCUGUUUUCAUUGAAGAUGACCCGGAUCUUCUGAUGAUAGACGGUGUGCCUUUCACCGAAAAUAAAGCGACACUUCUCCAAGAGUAUCUGACACGUUCUAAUCAGUAUCCACUCCGCGUCGCACUGUCAUCUUCAUACGAUAUCCAGAAGCAUCAUGAGAUACUCCUUCCCCAUUUUACCCGCUGCACUGACCUUGACUUUACUGUCAACGAAGAAGCUCUAAACAUGCUAUCCACCAUUUCUUGCGAAUUCCCGGGCCUCAAAAGACUGUCCAUCGCGAUCGACGAUAUCUCUCACUAUCAUAGCCUUCCUAGGGACCCGCGUUCCACUACUACGUCACCACCCAUCAAUGGCUUCUCCAAGGCACCCCAUCUACAAGAGGUAUCGCUUCACGGGAUAAGCAUCUUUCAUCUUAGACUCCCCUUUCCCCAGUUACUGUCGUUCACCGGAGAUAUAUCGCACUAUUUCGAGUGUCUGAUACUUUUCAUUUUGUCAUCACGGCUUAUUACAGCGACGUUGAACAUGUACUUUGUCCCUCCUUUGUCCCAUCUUUCUGUGCCAUUCACUCAUACCAACCUGCACACGCUCUCUCUCUACACCGACAUCCACUGCAUACGAGACCUUCGUCUGCCGGCGUUGGAGGUUUUUCGUAUCGAGCGAAUACGUUCUGGUGGAUACCAUCAUAUCGCUAAGCUAUUUCGAGAAUCGCGCUGUCCGCUUCGCAGCCUAUAUCUCGAAGUCCCAGCACUUCCAUGGUCGGAACUCCAGCCCAUUCUCGAAGCCUGCUCAAGCACCCUUACAUCAUUAUCCUUUCGGGUAGAUAUGGUCUCUGCUUGGCAUGUGUUCGAUGCGCUCUCAUUGGACGGCGCUUCGUGUCUUGCACCUCGCUUGGAGGAAUUAUACGUUCGCGACGAUACGUCUUGGGACGACUAUAUGGAAAUUUCUUUCGCUGAAGACCCGUUCUUGGACAUGGUAUUCUGGCGGCGGGAUUCUGAUGGUGAAGUUGCGCUACUAAAGUCCCUGACGGUGUGCUAUCCAAAUUCACCCAUGCAUCCUUAUGCUCUAUUGCACCUGAAGGUACUUGAGAUAGACGGUUUGAAGGUCGAAUAUCAUAAAUACGCUUGGACGAAGAAGAUAUGAAUUGCUUGCUUUCACCCUCAGACCGCCGCCUUAACAUCUCAAACUCACUUCUAUCUUCAGCAAUGAUUCAAGAGCAUUUUCGUCCUCCAGCUACACCCAAUGAUGAGAAUGACCUUGAGAGAUACAAUUCCCCGCCAUCAGUCGAGUGUUGUUUGUAUGGACGACCCGUGUUUAGUAUUUUCCUCUGCUCCAGUCAUCGUCAUCGAUCACGCCACCUUGCUGAAACCAUCUCCGAGACUAGUCACUCAAAAUCGGCCUGGUCGGGAGUUCGGUGCUGACCGUAGGCACGGACGUUUUGUACCUGGCAUACGUUGGAUGACGAUAGUAGGCGUAUCCAGUAUUCGUUUUUAUUCCGAAUGGCCUUGCAAAGAAUCGAUAAUGAACUAUUAGAC